AUGAAAACAAUGAUUGAUUCGGGCUCUGAUGAUUCGUUUAUUAGUCCAGAAGCUUUGGCCAAAAUUUCUCCACAACCUAUUAUACAUCCGACUAAUAAAGAUUUUCAAGCUAUGAAUGGCACGCAAGUUAUCAUAUCUGGUUAUGUUAUAUUAACAAUUGACUUUGAUAAAAACUUAUCUGAUGAAAUAAUCUAUGUAUCACGUCAAACCAACAUCGAUUUACUUUUAGGACAAACAUGGAUUAAGAAACACCAAGCGAUUCUUAAUUGUAAAGAUCAAUGUAUUACCAUCAUGACUGAUAAUGGUCCAAGAUCCAUUCAAUAUAUACCAACAUAUGACGAUAAUAGUGUUGAUACAUGUCAACAAUACAACAUUCGAUUAGUACAUGAUGUUACUAUUAAAUCACGAACAGUACAACCAGUUGACGCUAUUUGUUCAUCGAUUUCAAAUGCAGACACAGUUAUAUUUCGUCCACGACAACAACUACAAGAAGAUCUUUCAAUACUAAUCCCGAAUAGCUUAUUGAAUAUUUACCAUCACCGAACAACAUUAUACAUUGUUAAUCAUACAGAUACUGAUUGUGUAUUACCAAAAAAUUCAAAACUAGGUAAAGUUCGUCACGUCCCAUUAACUAAUCUCUGUUGUAGUAUUACCGAAUCAUUUGAAUCAUUCAAACCUGAUACUGUUAUACCAAGCAAGAUUUUAGAAG